AUGAACUACUUCCACGUGCUUGUGAUGGAGAAAUUAUCGCGGGCUAGUGGCUCCAUCGGAAUUUCCUACGGUGAGCAUUCGAAUCUCUGCGUUAAUCAGAUCGUACGGAAUGGUACCCAGAAACAGAAAAAAAAAUACUUGCUCAAGUUGAUCAGCGGUGAGCAUAUGGGAGCGCUGGCCAUGUCAGAAACCAUUGAAGAAAAUGUUAUGGGAGGUAUUGGAAAAGGCGUGUACAUGCUGGUGACGGGGCUCGAUAUUGAACGUCUCGUGCUUUCCUAUGGACCAAUGGGUACAAUGCAAGCGGCAUAUAACAUUGCGUUCCAGUACGCGCAUCACCGUAAGGUCUUCGGUACGCAAAUUGGAGCAUUCCAGGUUCGACGGUUGGUUAUCGGUCGUGCGCUUAACAAGGAGUACAUCCAUUAA